GUUUUUUGUUACCUUGACAACGAAUUUUUGUUUGAAAUUGUUUGUUAUAGAUAAAACUGUACGUAUUGUCGAAUAGUAGUGAAUAUACUGCAACAUAAAAAAAUGUACACUUCCAACGAAAAGCGUCGUCAAUUACGCCAUAGUGCCCUUUGCCGGGAUGUGGAAGUGUCCAAACAAAACGAAAGUUAUCACAAGGGUUUCAACCAAAUUCAAAAGAAUAGUGAGAUAAAUUUGGUAAAACGACAGCACUCAUCCCAUUGUAAAGAUCGUCAGCAAGAUAUGAAGCGCCAGGACGAGGAAGCGAAAGAAAAGUCCCGACAAAAGCAGUUAGAGGAUGAACACGCGCAGGAACUCGCGAUGCAACUGCACGAGGCAAAUCGACGUCGAAUCAACGAGGAGAGAUUGCGUCAGCAGCUUCGCGAGUCUAACCAGGAGCUACGUGAACUGGAAUCUAAACUACGCGCCGCUUAUGUAGCGAAAGGAAUUGCCGCUCAAAAAGCUGAGCAGGAAGUGAGGCGAAUGGAAGAGAAAAUUACUGCCCAGAAGGAACAGGAAGAGCUUGAACAGAUCAGGCUUCAAAAUCUGGAAUACAUUCGUCAGUGCCAGGAGGAUGAGUUGAAACAGAAGCAAAAUUUGCGUGAUGUUCUUCACGUUCAGAUGCAAGCUCUCCAUCGCCAGAAGCAGAUUUUGUACGAAGAAUUUCUCAUGGAGAAGAUGUAUUUGGAUGAAGUUUGCAGGAAAAUUCAGGAAGAGCAAUUCGCGGAAAUUCAGCGGAAAUUGGAACUGCAGGAACGAACUCGCAAGGAGAUGGAAUACUUUAACGAGGCUAAAGCAAUCUGGCAAGAGAGGCAACAGCUGGCAGUGGCGGAGGAAAAUGAACGAAUUAAGCAGUAUUUAGAAGCACGUGAAGCAGAACAGGAGGAACAAAACAGGCGGAAGAUCGAAAUUGCACAAUCCAGGGAGCGACUCAAUGAAAAAAUGGUUGUUGAAUUACAAUCACAAAUUGAUGAAGCACGCAAUCGCGAAGAACUUUUCCAAGACCUUUACUCAGCUGAGUUGAAUGAACGGCAAGAAUAUCGACUUCAACGUGACCUUGAGCAACAGCUGCGUAAACGAAUCGAAGCUCGGUUAGGGUUGGAACGGCAGCUCUCGGAGAUUGAAUGCCGCCGGCAGCGCGAAGCCGAAGAAGAACGCCAAUUCAAAGAGGACCAGCUUAAACUGUGGGCCGAACGGGAUCGAAUCGAUCAAAUGACGAACGAGAAACGAAGACUAAAACUGGUGGAACACAGGCGAGCAAUCCAACAGCUGAUAGAAGAUCGCAAGCAACAACGAGCGGAUGAAGUUAAGCAACUGAUCCAACAGCAGUACAUGUUUGAACAGGAGGAAAAACGACGACAGGAAAUCAUUGAAGAGGAGCGCAUUAAACUGCUGAAGGAACACGCUGUGGCACUGUUGGGAUUUCUGCCGCCAGGUGUGCUCAGAGAAAGCGACAGGGAGCACAUUCCUCUGCCAAAAUCGCGCGCGAAAUGAGGAUGAAAUUAUGGAAUCUUUCGAGAAAAUGCAGUGAUCACAUCCAAAUUUUGAUUAUUAUUAAAUUUAAGCAGUGCCUUUGGAUAUAUUUAUUUUCAUACCAUUAAAUGUGUUCAGCUAGAUAUUGUGUAAUAAACAAUUCGA